AUAAGUCACUAACCCAAGAGCUUUUCAACGGAGUAGGAAAUUUCUUUCUCAAAUAUUCUAUAAAAUAGAACCCGCGAUUCCUGUGAACACCACGGCACACGGCUUUAGAUUCGUAGUUCACCUUUGCUUUUAGUUUCUUUUAGUCAUUUUCACAAACAUCUUUCGCUCAACGUUAACCGAAGAAAUUUGGGUCAUUAUAUUCUGGCGCUCUGUCCAAUUUCGAAAGAUUGAAGUGUGCAUUGCUUAUUCGUCAGCCAUGAACAGAAUCGGCUCUAGAUUAUCUCAUCUCUCUGUUGUGCUAUUACGCAUCAACCAUAACUCACUCAUUGUUAAUCGUUGUCAUGUAGUAGAACAGCCCCUUAUGAGUGAAGCUUUCAAUUUCAUUAAUCCUUUUAAGUAUGACAGAUUUUUAGCUCUGCCAAAUUUUGGUUUAUCAGUCAGGUCUUUUUCUACUUCAUCUUCAACCAGAAGCCCUGGGGAGGCAACUGAUGCCCCCGCACACGAGGCCUUGAGUGAUGAAGAUGAUGGGGGUGGGGAUGAGGAUGAUGAUUAUGAUGAUGGUCAUGGCAAGAAUAAAGAUAAGAAUGAUACCCAUUGUAAUAAGUUACAUUUAAGAGAUGAUGGUCUUGCCCCAGAUGUUAACAUCAUUUUGGAUAUAAUGCAGGAGAUGGGUUCUGGACCAUCUGACAUUAAGCAAAAGCUUGAGAAUUGCAGUGUCGCGCUAUCACAAGAGCUGGUUGGGGAGGUCCUUUCAAAAACUCGCAAUGAUUGGGAAGCGGCUUUCACAUUUUUCUUAUGGGCUGGCAAGCAGCCUGGGUAUACUCAUUCGGUUCGGGAGUAUCAUUCUAUGAUCUCCAUUCUCGGAAAAAUGAGGAAGUUUGAUACUGCUUGGACCUUAAUUGAGGAAAUGAGAGGAGGUAGAACUGGCCCAUCUCUUGUCACUCCACAGACAUUGUUGAUCAUGAUCAGGAGAUACUGUGCUGUACAUGAUGUUGCAAGGGCUAUCAAUACUUUCUAUGCUUAUAAACGGUUUAGCUUUCAAAUCGGGCUAGAGGAAUUUCAGAGUCUUCUUUCUGCCCUUUGCCGGUAUAAGAAUGUGCAGGAUGCUGAGAACUUACUGUUCUGCAACAAAAAUGUAUUCCCACUUGACAUUAAAAGCUUUAACAUAAUUCUGAAUGGAUGGUGUAAUUUGAUUGUUAGCACUAGUCAUGCAGAAAGAAUAUGGAAGGAGAUAAGCAAGAGAGGACUCAAACACGAUGUUGUCUCUUAUGGAAGUAUCAUAUCUUGCUAUUCAAAAUCUUCUACACUUUACAAGGUGCUUAGGAUGUUUGACGAGAUGAAGAAAAGGAAGAUCACUCCCGAUAGGAAGGUUUAUAAUGCUGUGAUUUAUGCUCUAGCAAAGGGUAGACUUUUGAAAGAAGCUGUCAAUCUCAUUGGAAAAAUGGAGGACAACAACAUCAUUCCGGAUGUUGUUACUUACAACUCCUUGAUCAAGCCUCUUUGUAAAGCUCGCAAAGUUGAUGAAGCUAAACAACUUUUUGAUGAGAUGUUGAAGCGGAGUCUUUCCCCAACAAUUCAAACUUUCCAUGCUUUCUUCCGUAUGUUAAGGACCAAGGAAGAAGUAUUUGAGCUCUUGGACAAAAUGAGAGAGCUGGGAUGCUACCCAACCAAUGAGACUUAUAUAAUGUUGAUAAGAAAGUUUUGCCGUUGGCGCCAGCUUGAUGAUGUAUUUAAGAUAUGGGAUGCAAUGAAGGAAGAUGGAAUCGGCCAUGAUCGUAGUUCAUAUAUAGUACUGAUUCAUGGGCUGUUUCUAAAUGGAAAGCUAGAAGAUGCAUUCAGAUACUAUGCAGAGAUGCAAGAGAAAGGCUACCUACCUGAACCAAAGACAGAAGAAAUACUUCAGGCAUGGGUUUCUGGGAAACAGUCAACGGAGGGCCAGGUGACAGAUUUAGAACCUAAUCGAUAUGAAAAUGAUAGUUUUAAAAAUAAAGUGAAGGACAUACCCAGUAAAUUUGAUAGGGAAAAAAAUUUUCUUCGCCAAGCUGAGACCAGAAGAGUAACAAGAGAGCGAGGUUUUUCUUUGUUGGAUUAAGACGAGGUCCGUCCAAUGACACUUUAAUACUAUACCUUUGAAGAUGACACUUAUGGGUCAGCAUACCUCAAAUUCAAUUUUAUUUACCCGAAGGAGGUGGAUGGCAUGCGGGUCUAUAGCCAGACUUCAAUUUCCUCAUCAUAAACAAGAGCUGCAAGUUUUGUUACGCAGCAGGGUGUAACAGAACAUCUUUUAUUUCGUGCCUUUGGCCCUGUGAUUUAAGAUCUCCUGUGGCGUCUGUUUUUAUGUAGUUAGCGCUUUUGUCUUACGGGUUGUUAAAGUCCCUGCAAACAUGAUAUUUUCCCAUGAGCCAUCACUCAACUAUUCUGGAGACUGGAGAUUAUUUGAUCCUGGGGUUGAAGUGACUGAGGCUUCAUUGCUAGAACUUAAGCCUAUACCUGAACCCCUGACCAGGUCUCAAAAGAGCGUCAUUGUCAAUCAGGUAAACUGGAUUGUUGAUUACAUAAUACACCGUGGAAGCCAUGUAGUUGAGGGUUAUUUUGGUGCCCUUUCUAAUUGUUUUUAUUUUGGACCUUGUAAUAUAAGAAUAAAUUUGUAAUGCUAUUGCUAUCUAAUCAACUCUGUAUGAAGAUUUUU